UACUGCGGAAUCAGUGAGUGCGAGGAUUAGUUGGAUUAAUGGAAUUAGUUGACCAAUGAUGCGGGGUGGGAUGGGGAGGCUGCAGUCAGUAUUGGGGCAAGAGUCAUAGCAAGUUAGGGAAAGAAGGCGGAACGAAGCAGCUGAUACUGAGAACAGGGAGAGGAGCACAGUUGAUCAGAGUCGGAAUGAGGAGUGUGUCUGAAGAAUUAAAAAUUGCAUUAAGAAGGAAGUGAGGCGUCCACUGUUCAAGGUGGGCAGAAAGUAGUGUUGGUGGCCUGAGGAGUUUUUCUGUGUUGGAAGUAUUCCUGCCUGGAAUUUGUAUUGAUAUUUCCUCUUCGCUACCAAUGGAGUCCACCAUCAAGUGCAUAGUGAUUUAGGAAAUUAGAUGACUAUGCAAGGAGCCCUAAAUUCUAAGGGAUAAAGAAGUUACACCGUUUACCCUCCCUUCUACCCCUCUCCAGAUCUGAUUUAACAUAGAUGUUCCUGAGAAGAUUGCCUGCCUGCCCCUCCCUCGUUACCUUACUCGCCUGUCUCCUUGCUUCUUUCCUUCCAUUCACAUUGAUUCCUGUCAGAGUAAGACUGCCCUUUAGCCCAGUGUGGAGUGUGAAGUUUUCUUUUCUUUCGCAACAAAGCUUGGGGGAGAGGCGGAUGGGGAGAAGAGCAUGGAAAACAGGGAAGGGCUCUGGGAACACCACAUUAAAGCCCAGCUUCUCCCAGAGGUGCAUCUAAAUAAAUCCUGCCUUAUUUCAUAGCUAUUUCUGUCAGGCUUCUAUUUUUGCUUUGUUAACUGGGAAUUUAGACCUUUCGUCUCUCUUCAGCCACAUAUUUGUAAACAGUCUCUUCCCUGUUCUAUUAGUUACCAUGCCCCGUUAUGUAGUUGCAGUAGAAUUUCAAGAACAUGAGUGUACUUUCAGUGGAAAACGAGGAAGGACUCAAUGGAAGAAAGGGCAAAGGGUUAGGAAUCUUAGAGUUGAGAGAAAGUCCCUGCUUCAGAGCGAAGAUAAAGAAUGCAACGAAAUUCUACUUGCUCAAACUAUACAGGGACCUUGGGAAUGUCCCAAGUCAGGGAAAUUGGGUCAGGUCAGUGAAAAGGAAUUCAAAAAAUAGCGUUUUUAUCAGGGGUAAGAGUGUGUGUAUGAGACCUGCAGUGCACAACUAGAAAUAUUAAGUCUAAGGAGAAUGUCGCACCCCCGUGGCAGUUGAGAAGUAAAGACAGCAGAUGAUGAAAACUGGAAAGGUCGAGAGGUCGAGGUCUAUAUAAAGGUCCACUAGAACUUUCUUUCUGUUUAUUUUUUUUUGAGACAGGAUUUUGAGUCUUGUUGCCCAGGCUGGAGUGCAGUGGUGUGAUCUCGGCUCACUGCAACCUCCGCCUCCUGGGUUCAAGCGAUUCUCCAGCCUCAGCCUCCUGAGUAGCUGGGAUUACAGGCGUGCGCCACCCCACCCGGCUAAUUUUUUGUAUUUUUAGUAGAGGCGGGGUUUCACCAUGUUGGCCAGGCUGUUCUUGAACUUUUGACCUCAAGUGAUCUGCCUGCCUUGGCCUCCCAAAGUGCUGAGAUUUCAGGUGUGAGCCACCGUGCCUGGUGGUCAGCUAGAACUUUUCUGGUCAAAAUUGCAAACCUCAGUUGUCGUGAAAGAGUUUAACAUAAAGAUAGAGAAAAUAGUUAUUCAAGACUAUUUUCAAAAUCUAUGAGACUAAUUACAUAUAUAAGAUAUUAUUUCUGUAAGACAAGUUCAUUUACUUAAGGAGUUUGUGGCUUUCACUAGAGUCAUUGGUCAGUGUUUCUGAGAACUUUUGGAGACCACGGAAAAUUGCUGAUGUGUGACUCAAUUUUUAUUUUUGGAAAAUAAUAACAUAUUCAUAUCCUUACAAUUCAUAGGAACAAAUGUUGACCUUCUGUGUAUUUGCUUCAGAUCUUUUUUACAAUUGACAUAAACAUUGUAGAUAAGGUUGUGGAGUACCAUUUGAAUCCUCAGUUCUAUUCUCCCUUCUCCUCAAAGGACUCAAGAGUAGCCUUCCUCGAGGACCUGCCUUUCCCAUUUGCUGCCUGAAGUUAAUGUUUCUUGCUGGCCAAAUCAGGGACAUGCCGGCAUUAGCGGGAUGAGUGGGUGUUCCGGCAGGGAUGUGGUCAUUGACGGCCAGUGAGGGCGAGAGUACCACGGCCCACUUCUUCCUUGGAGCUGGAGAUGAGGGGCUGGGCACCCGUGGAAUAGGCAUGAGGCCAGAAGAGAGUGACAGCGAGCUCCUUGAGGACGAGGAGGAUGAAGUGCCUCCGGAACCUCAGAUCAUUGUUGGCAUCUGUGCCAUGACCAAGAAAUCCAAGUCCAAGCCAAUGACUCAAAUCCUAGAGCGACUCUGCAGAUUUGACUACCUGACUGUUAUCAUUCUGGGAGAAGAUGUAAUCCUUAAUGAACCUGUGGAAAACUGGCCAUCCUGCCACUGCCUCAUCUCUUUCCACUCCAAAGGCUUUCCUCUGGACAAAGCUGUUGCUUACUCCAAGCUUCGAAACCCCUUUCUUAUCAAUGAUCUGGCCAUGCAGUAUUACAUCCAAGAUAGGAGGGAGGUGUACCGGAUCCUGCAGGAAGAGGGUAUUGAUCUGCCUCGAUAUGCUGUGCUCAACCGUGAUCCUGCCCGGCCUGAGGAAUGCAACCUGAUAGAAGGUGAAGACCAAGUAGAGGUCAAUGGAGCUGUCUUUCCCAAGCCCUUUGUGGAGAAGCCAGUGAGUGCAGAAGACCACAAUGUUUACAUCUACUACCCCAGCUCAGCUGGAGGAGGAAGCCAGCGUCUCUUUCGUAAGAUUGGCAGCCGAAGCAGUGUUUACUCUCCUGAGAGCAGCGUCCGAAAGACAGGGUCGUACAUCUAUGAGGAGUUUAUGCCAACAGAUGGCACAGAUGUCAAGGUGUAUACAGUGGGGCCAGAUUAUGCCCAUGCUGAAGCUAGAAAAUCUCCAGCUUUGGAUGGGAAGGUUGAACGAGACAGUGAGGGGAAAGAGAUUCGAUAUCCAGUCAUGCUGACUGCCAUGGAAAAGCUGGUGGCCAGGAAAGUCUGCGUAGCUUUCAAGCAAACAGUUUGUGGAUUUGACCUUCUUCGUGCCAAUGGUCAUUCCUUUGUGUGUGAUGUGAAUGGCUUUAGUUUUGUCAAGAACUCGAUGAAAUACUACGAUGACUGUGCCAAGAUUCUGGGGAACACCAUAAUGCGGGAGCUUGCCCCACAGUUCCAGAUUCCAUGGUCCAUCCCCACGGAGGCUGAGGACAUUCCCAUUGUUCCCACCACAUCUGGCACUAUGAUGGAACUUCGUUGUGUCAUUGCAAUUAUUCGUCAUGGGGAUCGUACUCCCAAGCAGAAGAUGAAGAUGGAAGUGAAACACCCAAGGUUUUUUGCUCUGUUUGAAAAACAUGGUGGCUACAAGACAGGGAAAUUAAAACUCAAGCGACCUGAGCAGCUCCAGGAGGUGCUGGAUAUCACAAGGCUGUUGUUGGCUGAACUGGAGAAAGAACCAGGUGGUGAGAUCGAGGAGAAGACUGGAAAACUAGAGCAGCUGAAGUCUGUAUUGGAGAUGUAUGGUCACUUCUCAGGUAUAAACCGGAAGGUACAAUUGACUUACUACCCUCAUGGAGUAAAAGCUUCUAAUGAGGGGCAAGAUCCACAGAGGGAAACUCUGGCGCCAUCUCUGUUGCUGGUACUGAAGUGGGGUGGAGAACUGACUCCUGCUGGCCGUGUUCAGGCUGAGGAGCUGGGGCGAGCUUUUCGCUGCAUGUACCCUGGAGGACAGGGUGACUAUGCUGGCUUCCCUGGUUGUGGGCUGCUUCGUCUCCAUAGCACUUUCCGCCACGAUCUCAAGAUCUAUGCCUCUGAUGAGGGUCGUGUUCAGAUGACUGCUGCUGCCUUCGCCAAGGGCCUUCUGGCUCUAGAAGGGGAGCUGACACCCAUUUUGGUGCAAAUGGUGAAGAGUGCCAACAUGAAUGGGCUACUGGACAGCGAUGGGGAUUCCUUGAGCAGCUGCCAGCACCGGGUGAAGGCUCGGCUGCACCAUAUUCUACAGCAGGAUGCGCCCUUUGGCCCUGAGGAGUACGAUCAGCUGGCUCCCACCAGAAGUACUUCCCUGCUCAACUCCAUGACUAUCAUCCAGAAUCCUGUGAAGGUCUGUGAUCAGGUAUUUGCCCUGAUCGAAAACCUCACCCACCAGAUCCGGGAACGAAUGCAGGACCCCAGGUCUGUAGACCUGCAGCUCUACCACAGUGAGACACUAGAGCUAAUGCUACAGCGUUGGAGCAAGCUGGAGCGUGACUUUCGACAGAAGAGUGGGCGCUAUGAUAUCAGUAAGAUCCCUGACAUCUAUGACUGUGUCAAGUAUGAUGUGCAGCACAAUGGGAGUCUGGGACUUCAAGGCACAGCAGAGUUGCUCCGUCUCUCUAAGGCACUGGCUGAUGUGGUCAUUCCCCAGGAGUACGGGAUCAGUCGGGAGGAGAAACUGGAAAUUGCUGUGGGCUUCUGUCUUCCACUGUUGCGGAAGAUACUACUUGACCUGCAGAGAACCCACGAGGAUGAGUCUGUCAACAAGCUGCAUCCCCUGUACUCCCGAGGUGUGCUCUCCCCAGGUCGCCAUGUUCGAACGCGUCUCUAUUUCACCAGUGAGAGCCAUGUCCACUCCCUGCUCAGUGUCUUCCGUUAUGGAGGACUUCUUGAUGAGACCCAGGAUACACAAUGGCAGCGAGCUUUGGAUUAUCUUAGUGCCAUCUCAGAGCUUAACUACAUGACCCAGAUUGUCAUCAUGCUUUAUGAGGACAACACACAGGAUCCCUUAUCAGAGGAACGGUUCCAUGUGGAGCUACACUUCAGCCCCGGAGUGAAAGGUGUUGAGGAAGAAGGCAGUGCCCCAGCUGGCUGUGGAUUCCGUCCAGCCUCUUCUGAGAACGAGGAGAUGAAAACCAACCAAGGCAGUAUGGAGAACCUGUGUCCAGGAAAGGCAUCAGAUGAACCAGACCGGGCAUUGCAGACUUCACCCCAGCCUCCUGAGGGCCCUGGCCUCCCGAGGAGAUCACCCCUCAUUCGUAACCGAAAAGCUGGUUCCAUGGAGGUACUUUCUGAGACUUCAUCCUCGAGGCCUGGUGGCUACCGGCUCUUUUCAUCUUCACGGCCACCCACAGAAAUGAAGCAGAGUGGCCUAGGCUCACAGUGCACAGGGCUGUUCAGCACCACAGUGCUGGGUGGCUCCUCCAGUGCCCCGAAUCUUCAGGACUACGCCCGCAGCCAUGGCAAAAAGCUACCACCUGCCAGUCUGAAGCACCGAGAUGAGCUCUUGUUUGUCCCGGCCGUAAAACGAUUUUCUGUGUCGUUUGCAAAGCAUCCGACUAACGAGCUGCUGGAUGACCAGCACCCUGUGGUCCGGUUGCUGCGCAGUUUUUCCUCUGACUGUACAGGGGGCCGGCCAGUCUCCUUGGAUGCCACGCUGGCGCAUCACCUGCACCAGUGCUCCUACCACCUGCGCCUCUUCCGGAACUGGCUGCGCUCAGGCCAGGAUGACCCCGAGUGCCUCUACGGGUUUGAAGGGUGUUCCAUGGUGCCUACCAUCUACCCUCUGGAAACACUGCAUAAUGCCCUUUCCCUACGUCAAGUGAGUGAAUUCUUGAGUAGAGUCUGCCAACGCCACACUGAUGCCCAGGCACAGGCAUCUGCAGCCCUCUUUGAUUCCAUGCACAGCAGCCAGGCCUCAGAUAACCCAUUUUCUCCACCACGUACUCUUCAUUCACCUCCCCUGCAACUCCAGCAGCGCUCUGAGAAGCCCCCUUGGUACAGCAGUGGCCCUUCUAGCACUGUGUCCAGUGCUGGUCCUUCUUCCCCUACUACAGUAGAUGGUAACUCCCAAUUUGGCUUCAGUGAUCAACCCUCCCUAAAUUCACACGUGGCUGAAGAACAUCAAGGCCUUGGGCUGCUCCAGGAGACCCCUGGGAGUGGAGCACAAGAGCUCUCCAUAGAAGGGGAGCAAGAGCUUUUUGAACCAAAUCAGUCCCCACAGGUGCCACCUGUGGAAACCAGCCAGCCAUACGAGGAGGUCAGCCAGCCAUGUCAGGAGGUCCCUGACAUCAGCCAGCCAUGCCAGGACAUUUCUGAGGCGCUCAGCCAGCCAUGCCAGGACAUUUCUGAGGCGCUCAGCCAGCCAUGUCAGGAGGUCCCUGACAUCAGCCAGCAAUGCCAGGAGAACCAUGACAAUGGUAACCACACAUGCCAGGAGGUCCCUCACAUCAGCCAGCCAUGCCAGAAGUCCAGCCAACUGUGCCAGAAAGUAUCUGAGGAAGUUUGCCAGCUAUGUGUAGAGAACUCCAAGGAGGUCAGCCAGCCAUGCCAGGGGGUCUCUGUGGAGGUUGGCAAGCUGGUCCAUAAGUUCCAUGUAGGGGUUGGUAGCUUGGUCCAGGAAACCCUUGUAGAAGUUGGCAGCCCAGCUGAAGAGAUCCCUGAGGAGGUCAUCCAGCCAUACCAGGAGUUCUCUGUGGAGGUUGGCAGGCUGGCCCAGGAGCCUUCUGCAAUCAAUCUGUUAUCUCAGGGCAUCCCUGAGAUUGAUAAACCAUCCCAAGAGUUCCCUGAGGAGAUUGAUCUGCAGGCCCAGGAGGUCCCUGAGGAGAUAAAUUAGAAGUCCUGGGUGGUCCCUGAAGUGAUUGAUCAGCUGCCUGGAGAGGGUAUUCCUCAAGCCCAGCAUCCAUCUGGUGAUCCAAACCCUCAGAGCCAGUCUCUAGCCCAUGACCAGCACUCACCCCUUCCACCAGCAACAUGUGAUUAAUUUUCUCAUUAGUGGUAUCACACUAUACCAGCCAUUUGAGCCAGCAACCUUUUCUGUUGGGUAACUCACUGGCCAGCUCUCACCAGCGGUGUCUGGGGAAGUAGUUCCCUUUGUAUGAAGCAUACCUGUGCCAGAGCUGUGCUUGAGGAGGAGCCAGUUUUAGGUUCAAAGAAGCCAUUGGCUCCUCACUUAGCCAUUAGACUUGAAUAGGAUUUCCUUGGGGUGGGUUGGUCUGUCAUUACCCAGCCUUCUCUGAGCAUCCUAGGAAAUCACAGAUUGUUAAAGGAAAUGCCACUUCACUGCUGAAGACACCAUCUGGGGACAGCAAAUGCAAAAGAGGGGACUCUAGGGUCUUCACUUUUCUGGGGAAAUAUUCACGACUUCUCAAGGUACGCUUAGACCAUAUGUGCAUUCAGGGGACUCUUGUCUUUGCCAGCACUCCUCAGGUGAGCCCGGGAUGGCUAUCUGAAAUGUCUGGAAAAUAGAGUCCCCUCCCCAAACAUCUGACAUGGCCACUAAAUCUUUAGACUUGCCUUAUAGAUCCUUCCAUAUCAUCCCCAAGUGCCCCUUCUGCCUCAGUCCUGUUCCUCUGGGCAAUAGCUCUAGGGAAAAGUAGGUAUUAGACUGCUGUGCAAAAUUCAGAGCAACUACUUAAAAUGCUCUAGAGGAUUCUUAGCCAGUCUGUGAAAGUGGGCCUCCCUCUGUGGUGGGGCUGUUUGGCUUAGGAGAUGCUGUAGUAGUAGAGAUAAUCAGGUUCUAUUUUAAGCAAUCAGCAGAGAUCAAUAUUGUACAGAUACAAGCAAAGGUUUAAUAAAUAUAUAUAUAUAUACACACACACACACAUACAUAUAUGUGUGUGUGUGUAUAUAUAUAUAUAUUUAUUUCUGUAGUUGUGCCAGGAACAGACUGGCCAAAGACCAAACACUGCAGGGUCCCCAAGAAAUUUGUCCUUAUAUCAUUGUGUCUGAGGGCCAGAUAUGAUUAUGAAGCUUUUUCCAAAGAUCCAGGGAUGGGAAUGGGAGUGGGUAGGAGAGGUAAUGCGGUCAUUGGAGUCGGGGGCCGGAACAUUAUGAGUGCUCAAUAAAUAUAAACUAAUGAGAA